AUGGCAGAAGCCGUAGCGACACCAUUCAUUUCACGACAAGAUUCUGAGAUGCGAAUACAACACCAAGCGCGAAAACGCGUUCAUUCGGGUGAAGCUAGGAAACCAAGUAUCGGAGACAGGAGUUCUGCAACGCAGGAACCGAGAUAUGGUGAAGCAAUACAAGGGAGGAAGUGCUACCAUUGCUCAAAAUAUGGACACAUAGCACGUGAAUGCCCAUCCCGAAUGGGAAAUGUUAACCAUAGGGAUCGAAAGAAAUUCCCUUCGAAGAAUGAAGAAACAAAGUUGUCUUCCAUAAUAGAGCGAAAUCAGAGUAUGGGGAUGAAAGCUCGACGAAAAAGAUGUGAUGACAGCGAUCUCAUUGGGAAACGGAUAAUGGUCCCUGUGAGACUUCUUGGAGAUCGGUGUACAGCCCUUGUAGACACUGGUUCCAUGAAUCCAGCAUUAUUACCGUUGAAAGUCCUGCGAAGCCAAGUAUUCGAGGAAUGGGAUGUUGACUCUUUUGAAUGGUAG